CGGGAAGCGGAGCGCGCGCUGGAGCCAGUGGAUGACCGGGUCCCUGUAGGAACGGUGCCCGCGACUCGGGAGGAUGAAGGUCAUCACUUGCGAGAUCGCCUGGCACAACAAGGAGCCGGUGUACAGCCUGGACUUCCAGCACGGCGCGGCCGGCAGGGUCCACAGGCUGGCGUCCGCGGGCGUGGACACCGCCGUGAGGGUCUGGAAGGUGGAAAAAGGACCGGAUGGAAAGGCCAUCGUUGAAUUUUUGUCCAACCUGGCCCGUCACACCAAAGCCGUCAAUGUCGUGCGCUUCUCUCCCAAUGGGGAGAUUUUAGCAUCCGGAGGAGACGAUGCGGUCAUCCUGCUGUGGAAGGUGAACGACAGCAAGGAGCCCGAGCAGGUGGCCUUUCAGGACGAGGACGAGGCGGAGCUGAACAAGGAGAACUGGACGGUGGUGAAGACGCUGAGGGGCCACCUAGAGGAUGUGUACGAUAUCUGCUGGGCCACCGAUGGCAAUUUGAUGGCUUCCGCCUCUGUGGACAACACGGCCAUCAUCUGGGACGUCAGUAAAGGACAGAAGAUCUCGAUUUUUAAUGAACAUAAAAGUUAUGUACAAGGAGUUACCUGGGAUCCUUUGGGCCAAUAUAUUGCGACCCUGAGCUGUGAUCGGACGCUGCGGGUGUACAGCACACAGAAGAAGCGCGUGGCUUUCAAUGUCUCGAAGAUGCUGGCGGGCGCGGGCGCCGAGAGGAGAAGGUAGGUAGGAGAUAGAUGCCCGGGCGCCGAGGGAGAGGCCAGAAGUUACCGGAUGUUUCACGACGACAGCAUGAAGUCGUUCUUCCGGCGACUGAGCUUCACUCCCGACGGCUCCCUGCUGCUCACCCCAGCCGGAUGCGUGGAGUCUGGCGAAAAUGUAACCAACACCACGUACCUCUUCUCCAGGAAGAAUCUGAAAAGGCCUGUGGCGCAUCUCCCGUGUCCCGGAAAAGCCACGCUUGCUGUCCGCUGCUGCCCCGUCUACUUUGAGUUGAGGCCGGAGGCGGAAACAGACGGGCCGGCCCAGGGGCCGCUGGUGCGCCUGCCCUACCGCGUGGUGUUCGCUGUGGCUUCCGAGGACUCCGUGCUCUUCUACGACACCCAGCAGCUCUUCCCUUUCGGCUACGUGUCCAACAUCCACUACCACACCCUGAGCGACAUCUCCUGGUCCAGCGACGGGGCCUUCCUGGCCAUUUCCUCCACCGAUGGCUACUGCUCCUUCGUGACCUUUGAGAAGGGUGAGCUUGGAGCACCUUUCAAAGAGAAGCCGGAUCUGAGCACGAGAACUCCUGAGACGGCGAAGAAAACCAAGCGUCAGACCCAACAGGAGUCCUCGCCGGGACCCAGGCUGGGGGAGGGCACCCCCGCCAGCAGAAUCCCAGACCCCGGCAGCCCCUGCCCAGCACCCGCUCCGGGGAAGCCGUCCGCAGCCCCAGCACCCAAGGACUCGCCCUCCACGGCUGCCACCGCCAGGGGCGCGGCGCCCAGGCCCUCGGAGGAGAAGAGCCCGCCCAGCAGUCAGACCACGAAAGCGCCCCCGCCCCGGAGGGUCACCCUGCACACCCUGCAGGCCUGGAGCAAGACACCCCGGAGAGUGACCGUGAUGCCCUUGAAGACGGAUGCCCCGAAUUCUGCGCCAGGCGGUGUGGUUUCCGCCCCGCCCAUGGAGGUCCAGCCAGCCUUGUCGGUGAACGUUUCAGAGCCGCCUGGAGACGUGCAGGUCAGCUCCCCGGAGCGGAAGCGGCCCAGGCUCGCCGAGGACAGAGGCGGCGCCCAGGGGCGGGAGCCGGGGGGAGACCUGGCUUGUGCUUGAAGGCUGCACGGCUGGGGACUCCCAGCGCUCAGGGAAGGGCCGACGACCCCAGUUCGGGCCGUCAGAGGAGCCUGGCGGGCCCCCAACCUGAUUCCUGGACCAAGUUGCACGUGGCCGGCGUCCCCCAGCGAAGGGUCUGCUCCUGCCUUCGCGUGAGUUUCCCUGAGACGCGGACAUGUCACCGGGCCAGCCGUCCCCUGACGCGUUUCCGGAGCUGGACCCGUCGAACAUUGUCCGGUGUGAACACCGGUCGCUCCUCCCUGAAACCCUGCGGGAGUGAGACCCUCACGGGGCCAGUGAAUGCCGGGUGUUCGAAUGGUUAUUAGAUUUCCCUUGUACAUAGUGGGUUAACUUUUGUUUGUUCUAUUUGCAUUCUGAUUGUAAAGGUGAUGCUCGUUCUAAACAGUUAGUAAACCGGCGUGAAGGGGAAGAGCAGGUGGGGAUAGGGAGCUUCGUCCUCCCACCCCCUGCUUUGGCAUAAAGACUUUUAUUCUUUUUAAGGAGAGAGGUGAGAUUUUACUUGAGAUACAAUUUGGUAUCCAAAUAGGUUAACUUUUUAGGUUGAUUUUUCAAAGAAGUAACUUAGUCAUUUA